AUGGGUAUUGCCCUUACUGAAGAAAAUUAUGAUGUGGCAAUCGAAAUUCUGAAAGAUCGUUUUGGAAAUAUACAAGAAGUGAUUGACUUGCACUAUAACCAGAUGAUAAAUUUGUAUCCAGCAAGCAACAAAACAGAAAGUUUGAGAAUACUUUUGGACAAAGUCGAAAAACAUCUUAGAAGUCUAGAAGUGCUUCAUCAAAAUAUCAAUCAGGACGUAUUUGUUUCAAUGAUACGUUCAAAACUUCCUCAAGAUGUGUUGCUUCAACUAGAAAUUCAAAAAGGAACAGUGGAUAAGUGGACUGUCUCAACCCUUAGAGACAAACUCAGAUGUUAUGUAACAGCUCGUGAGAAAGCAGAGAAAAAAUCAUCAAUAUCAGAUUCAAGUAGAAAUCGAUCAAAUGAGAAUUCUCUGAGUCGACAUACGCCGAAAGGGAGAGAUGGUCACGGAAACAAGUUUCGAGAACCAAGUUUUUUACACAAUUCUGGAAAACUAGGUUCUGCCGAGGCUCUAGUUACUACCGAACAAAGGAAGUCAGUAAACACGAAGUUUAACAAAUGUCGAUAUUGUGAAAAGGGACACUGGGGUGACGAAUGUCCUACUUUUCGCACUAUUGAUGAAAGAAAAAAGAAGUUAAAGGGAAGCUGUUAUAAGUGUUUGAAAGUGGGACAUUCUUCAGAUGAAUGUAAAGGGAAUAAAAGUUGUGUAUACUGUAGUGGACUAAACGUUCACCAUCGUAGUUUGUGUCCAAACAAAUUCAAAUCGACAGACGUUUGUGCGGUUAGUUCAGAGACUACAGGCUCUUCUAAGAAUAGUGAAAUACGUGAGGAAAACGUGCUAAUUUCAUCUGGUGAAAUGGUUUUAAUGCAAACAGCAAGAGCGGAAGUGCAAAACCCCAAAGGAACAGCCAGAGAACACGCACGAAUACUACUUGAUUCUGGAUCCCAGAGAACUUACAUUACACAGUCAUUAGCCAAGAAGCUCGGUGUAGAGAAAGGCAAGGAAGAAGAAAUAAAGCUAGUCACAUUUGGUUGUGAUAAACCGAAGAUUAUUAAAACAUAUGCCACACAAUUGUGCUUAAAGUUAAAAAAUGGAGAGUAUAUUGAAAUCAGUGCAAAUAUUGUUCCAGUCAUAAGUGAGAACAUACAGCAAAGACAAAUAAACAUGUCUACAGAUGAAAACUUAAAGCACCUAUUGAAAAGUUUAGAUAUGGCUGAUACACUUGAACCAGCAGAAACAUCAGCAAAUGUAGACUUGCUAUUAGGAAACGAUUAUUACCUGGAUAUUGUUAUGUUACAAAAGAUUCAGGUUACAUCAGGACUUUACCUACUAGCAUCAAAGUUAGGCUGGAUACUUACAGGCAGAACAAAGGAAACACGCGAAAAUGAAAAUGAAACAAACAUGCUAAUUCUUACACACGGAACAAAUAUCAGUGCAACAAAGGUGUUUUCAAGUGUCGACUCGAUUGUUCCAACAAAGCCAGAUUUGGAUGACUUUUGGAAGAUCGAAUCCUUGGGAAUUACUAAAUGUGAAAAUCAAAGUCAAAUAAGUGAUAAGGUUGCUCUGGCGACAUUCAAAGAGACGUUGAGAUAUAAAAAUGGAAUGUACUUUGUGACCUGGCCAUGGAAAGAAGAAAAUCCAGAACUACCGGAAAAUAGACAUCUUGCAUUCUCAAGGUUGAAAUCAAAUAUAGCAAGAAUGAAAAACAAGCCUGAGAUUCUUGAGAAAUACAACACCGUGAUACAGGAACAACUUAGCAAAGGUGUAAUUGAAAAGGUAGAUAACAACACGAAAAAUGGAGCGAUACAUUAUAUUCCACACCAUGCUGUGAUUACUCCACAAAAAACUACAACGAAAUUACGUGUAGUGUAUGAUGCAUCUGCGAAAGUUAGAAAAGAGAACAAAAGUUUGAACGAAUGCUUGUAUCGAGGCCCAGUAAUACUUAGUGAUCUUUGUGGAUUAUUAAUGCGCUUCAGGUUACAUAAAGUGGCAGUGGUUUCAGAUAUAGAGAAGGCCUUUUUACAAUCGGGCUACAAGAAAACCAGCGGGACGUGA